CCACCUCCCCCUCCCCCUCCCUUUGGUUCUCUACAUCCCAAUCUUCCAGCUCCUCACUCGCACCUCUGGUUUCCUCCGCCUCGGCCGCCAGCUCCACGCCCACGUCACCCUCCGAGGCCUCCAAUAUGAUGCCAUCCUUGCCGCGAGGAUUGCAGCCAUGUACUCCAGCUCUGGCGAUCUUCGUGUUGCCUCCCUCCUCCUCCGCCACACUCCUUGCCCUUUCUCCCUCCUCUUCAAUGCCCUCAUCUGGGGUCACUCCGUCUACGACACACCAGAGGACACCCUCAAUCUCUUCGACAAAAUGUUCUUCCAUGGCCUGUUGCCCAGCAAUUUCACCUUCCCAUUUGUGCUCAAAUGCUGCGCCGAUGUCAGCUCUAUACCCUUUGGAAAAUAUGUCCACUCCCAGUGUUUGAGGGUACAUAAAAGUCGGGAACUUUAAGGCUGCAGAGGAGCUCUUUACGACAUUGCCUAGUAGAAAUAUCAUUUCUUGGACUACGAUGAUAUCAGGGUACUCUCAGAAUGGGCUGGCAGACCGUGCAUUGGCUUUGUUUGAGGAGAUGCGGUAGGAUGGUAAUGAUGUGAAGCCGAAUUAGAUGAUAAUUGCAACCAUGCUCCCAGCUUACGCAUACUCUGCUAUGCUCGAGUGUUGAAGAAGCAAUUUUCUAUCUUAAAAGAGAUAACUCCAUAUUCUUUAUAAAAGCAAGCACGAAUUGUUAUGGCUGCAUAUGCAAUUUAUAAUUAUAUUAGGAAGAAGGCA